AACGUCACCUUUCCUUUGGUGAGCAAGGUGUGUUCACGUGAGGUUGUGUGGUCCCUCGAAAUAGGUCACACAAUCCUCACAAUUUCGUGAAAUAUUGUUCUAAAAUAUAAAAAAAAAUUACAAAAUUAACAAAAAUCCAAAAAAAUAGAAAAAUUUUAUAAAAUAAACGGGAAUCGUUCAGUUAUAAGUUAGUGUACGUAAGCGUGCAACGUGGUCUAAGGAAUGCGAUAGAUAAUCAUAAAGAGAAAGUGAAGUUGUUUUAAACACUAGAAGAUUAUUAAUGCUAUUUUUGUAACGAUUCCAAUAAAAUAAUCAAAAUGAAUCCUGGGCCACCUAAUUAUCCAAUGGCAUCAUUGUAUGUCGGAGAUUUGCACUCGGAUAUUACCGAGGCCAUGUUGUUUGAAAAAUUUUCUACCGCGGGUCCAGUACUCUCUAUUCGUGUCUGCCGCGACAUGAUAACUCGUAGGUCACUUGGUUACGCUUACGUAAAUUUCCAGCAACCUGCUGAUGCUGAGAGAGCUUUGGACACCAUGAAUUUUGAUAUGAUUAAGGGAAGACCUAUUAGAAUAAUGUGGUCUCAGCGUGAUCCCUCCCUAAGGAAGUCUGGUGUAGGAAAUGUUUUUAUUAAGAACCUUGAUAAGUCUAUAGAUAAUAAAGCAAUGUAUGACACCUUUUCUGCCUUUGGUAAUAUACUGAGUUGUAAAGUAGCCCAAGAUGAAAAUGGGGGUUCUAAAGGAUAUGGUUUUGUACACUUUGAAACUGAAGAAGCUGCCAAUAAGUCCAUUGAAAAAGUAAAUGGAAUGUUGUUGAAUGGAAAGAAAGUUUAUGUGGGCAGAUUCAUUCCUCGUAAGGAACGCGAAAAGGAACUGGGAGAGAAGGCUAAACUAUUUACCAAUGUCUACGUAAAGAACUUUGGAGAAGACUUCUCCGAUGAAAUGCUGAAAGACAUGUUUGAGAAAUAUGGGCGUAUUACAAGUCAUAAAGUAAUGUAUAAAGAUGAUGGUUCUUCUAGAGGUUUUGGAUUUGUUGCUUUUGAAGAUCCGGAUGCUGCUGAAAGGGCUUGCAUGGAUCUUAAUGGAAAAGAAUUGGUAGAAGGAAAACCCUUAUAUGUAGGACGAGCUCAAAAGAAAGCUGAGCGUCAAAAAGAACUUAAGCGGAAAUUUGAACAGCUAAAGUCUGAAAGGUUGACUCGUUACCAAGGUGUUAACCUGUAUGUUAAAAAUUUGGACGACACAAUUGAUGAUGAGCGGCUUCGUAAGGAAUUUGCACCAUUCGGAACUAUAACAUCAGCUAAGGUAAUGCUUGAGGAUGGGCGUAGCAAAGGCUUUGGGUUUGUUUGCUUUUCGUCUCCUGAAGAAGCUACUAAAGCUGUAACAGAAAUGAAUGGGCGUAUCGUUGGAACCAAACCACUUUAUGUAGCUUUAGCUCAACGUAAAGAAGAUCGUAAGGCCCACUUGACAUCACAGUACAUGCAACGUAUGGCCAGCAUGAGAAUGCAGCAGAUGGGUCAAAUAUUCCAACCAGGAAGUGCUGGAGGCUACUUUGUACCCACCAUACCACCAGCUCAACGAUUCUAUGGUCCAGCCCAGAUGACUCAAAUGAGACCCACAACCCGCUGGACACAACCACCUGUAAGGCCCAGCACUCAGACGGCUGCCUCUGCAUACCCCAACAUGCAAGCUCCAUUCCGCCCUGCACCUCGUGGACCAACUCAAACUACUCUUCGCACAUCCUUGGGUGCUAGACCCAUUACUGGCCAACAAGGUGUGCCAGCUGCUACUUCGAUUCGUGCACCUAUUGUAACAAGUGGACGCCCAGCAGGUUAUAAGUACACUUCCAACAUGCGUAAUCCACCAGCUCCGCAACCUGCAGUGCACAUCCAAGGUCAAGAACCACUAACUGCUACCAUGUUAGCUGCUGCACCUCUUCAAGAGCAAAAACAAAUGCUUGGUGAACGUCUUUUCCCCUUGAUUCAAAGAAUGCACCCAGACUUAGCUGGCAAAAUUACUGGUAUGCUUCUAGAAAUUGACAAUUCUGAACUGCUCCACAUGUUAGAACAUGGAGAGUCCCUGAAGGCUAAGGUGGACGAGGCUGUUGCUGUUUUGCAAGCUCACCAAGCUAAACAGCAAGCCACAAAGAAGGAGUAAUGUGUGUGCUCACUUGUUGAGCUAUUUUAUUUUUCUUCUAUAAUUUCUUUAUUUUCGCUUUUUACAUUGUAAUGUAAAGAGACCCGGUCAUAAAAACACUUAAUAAAAAUUGUAAAAUAAAUAAUUAAAAAAAUGUAGAAUGCACAGUUCCUAAUUAUAUACUUUAAUAUAGAAUAUUGGAGGUGCAUCUGCAAAAAAAAAAACAUUGCAACUGUCAACAUUUAUAUAUAAUAUGGCAUUAUAUUAUUAUUACUGGGCACUUUUGACUAUCUACUUUGACCAAGGAGUUUUAUUUAAGUUUGAUGAUCUAUUAAGUUCACUUUCAUUUCUGUAACAUGGAGUUGGCUUUUGUUCUUGCAAUGUCUUUCUUAUUUUCUGUGUCAGGUCUACAUUGGAUAUUUAUCUACCAUGAAUUGAACUCACGGUCGCCAAUGUAACUGGCUAUUUGUAUUACGUUGUUACAUAUUAUAUUCUAUGAAAUAAA